AAUCUAACCGGAGUGGAUCCGGUGAUGCCCAAUUUUUACGCUUUUGGCGUGCUCGAAGAUGGUGAGGUGGAGCGCCGGUUUUCAUUCAAUGGAAUCGCGCUCAAGGAAACGGCUGCAGUCUUCACGCUCAACGGGACCAAAGGAGCUGUGCUCCGCCAAAUGACUGACGGACAUCAUUUGAUUCAGCUGAUAUACGACGCUGACCUGUCAUUGCAAGAUUGCGAAUACAUCACAGAUACAGAGACGGCCAUGGCCUUCCAAGAGAAAUUAACUAACGAAUAUCGGCAAUUAUCAUCCAUUGGUCACAACACUACCAUUCGCAUUAUCGAGAAAUGGUCAGACCUGCCGGAAGAUCUUGCACGAUCAGCUGUUUACCGCCGAAUGAAAGCGGAAUGCCGCCAGCUUCACUCACGUAUGCGCAAGGCUGCCCGUCAAUCUGAGGAUCAGUCAUCUGUCAGGAGAAGGCGUGAAGCAGAUGAUCUCUACAUAGUUCCCCACACGAAGUGGUGUGGAAAGGGAAAUCGGGCCGACGGACCAUCUCACCUGGGUGGCUAUGCAGCAGCAGACAGAUGUUGUCGCCAACACGAUCAGCAAUGCUCACACCACAUCUCUGCCUGGUCCGAGAAAUUCGGUCUGUACAAUAGCCGGCCUUAUACGGCCAUGCAUUGCACUUGCGACGACAGAUUCCGUUCCUGUUUAAAGCAAGCUAACACGGCUGCCUCCAACUUGGUGGGCAAACUGUUCUUCAACAUCAUUCAAAUCAAGUGUUUUGUGCUCAAACCAGAGAAAGUUUGCAAGAAAAGCUCGUGGUGGGGGAAAUGUACAACAGAAUGAAUGGAGAAAAAGGGCUCACCUCCGCGAUCCUAUUCCGUAUUGAAAUAAGCUGUUGCUCUUGUAAUGCUUCUUAAAAAAUACGAUUAGUGUUGUCGAUAAGAGGUCAGAUUCUUUUUUGCCCACAAACGAGAGAGAAAACCAGUGUCGUUUUUUGUUUGUUUAUCAACAGCAUUAGUAGUGCCAGUCAGGAAAGCUAUUUUCCUUUGUUCGUAUUUUGCUUGCCUCAUUCCUCGCAGUCUACCCUUCACAAUACGGAAAGAAAAAUUCUUUGGUCUGUAAAGCAUCCACGACCAAUUUGUUGUUGAUAUUAUCGCCGAUCUGAAAAAGAUUUCGCAUUUAACGUAGCAGAAGAUAUUUUUUCUUCUAAUCUACUUUUGUGUAAAUGUCCCUACACCGCGUCCGUGCAUAUUAUACGUGCGUGCAUGUUCUCUUAUCUAGAAACCGAUUUUCGGAAAUUCAAACGAAUUAUUUGAGUUGUUUCUGUUAACUCAUUUUGCCUUGCCAAUUGCAUCCUAUAAGUGUUCCAGUGUGGCCAAAUAAACAUGUCGUAUACCGUUUUGCGCAAC